CUUUCCCCGGAGACCGAACCGAGCUCCUUCGAGGUAGAAGUUUUGGCCGCCGCAGCACCCGCCUUGGGGCGCCCAGGUGUCCCCCACGAAUGCACUUGGUACGGCCCGGGGAUUCCCCGCCGCCGCCGCCGCCCUGACGUCAAGGAGUCCCCGGGAAGCCCCGCCCCCGAGCUCGGCUCCGGCGAGAGCUGUGCGCCGCGGCCGGGGACUGGGCGGCCAUGGCGGGACCCGGCGCCCCCGGCGGUCCCUCCGCGCCCGCCGCCGUCUGGAAGCGCCACAUCGUGCGGCAGCUGCGGCAUCGGGACCGCACGCAGAAGACGCUCUUCCUGGAGCUCGUGCCGGCUUAUAACCACCUCCUAGAGAAGGCUGAACUGCUAGCCAAGUUCUCAGAGAAGUUGAAGUCAGAGCCAGAGGAUGUCACCUCCGCCCCGCAUCAGGACUGCUGGGGGGAGUUCUCCAGGCCUGCCUCUGACGGGGUCUCCUCAGCAGCCUCUCUGAGGAUGAUGUGGCAGCAGGAGGAGAAGGAGCUGCAGCUGGUCUGCGGUGAGAUGGCCUACCAGGUGGUGAAGAAGAGCGCAGCCCUAGACACCCUGCAGUCACAGCUGGAGGAGCGCCAGGGCAGGCUGGAAGCCCUGCAAGCCUGCGUGGUACAGCUAAGCGAGGCGCGGGCGCAGCAGUCCCGGCAGCUGGAGGAACUGCAGGCGGAGAACGCGGCGCAGAGAGAAGCCUACCGGGCGCUGCUAGAGCAAGCAGCACACCAGGAGGCCGCACUGCGCAGGCUCCAGGAGGAGGCACGGGACCUGCUGGAGCGGCUUGUGCAGCGUAAAGCGCGUGCCGCUGCCGAGUGCAAUCUGCGUAAUGAGCGAAGGGAGAGGGCCAACCAAGCCCGGGUGUCCCAGGAGCUGAAGAGAGCGGCUAAGCGGACUGUGAGCAUCAGCGAGAUCCCAAACACUCUAGAAGGUGGGACCAGGGAGGAGUCUGCGCCUCUGUCCCCUGUUGCUACACCCGAGUUCCUGGAGAGUGAGACUUGUGAGAAAUGGAAGAGGCCUUUCAGGUCUGCCUCGGCCACCUCUCUGACACUGUCCCGCUGUGUGGAUGUGGUGAAGGGGCUGCUGGAGAGAGCUUCAAGUCCCCAUGCUAGCAGGUUUUGCUGGAUGCUUUCCUCUCCUCACCCCUGCAGCUUCAAGAAGAGGCGAGGUCACUCGGUGGGGGGUGCCCCUGAGCAGCGGUACCAAAGCAUCCCUGUGUGUGUAUCUGCCCAGAUUCCUACCCAGGCUCAGGACGUCUUGGAUGCCCAUCUCUCUGAGGUCAAUGCUGUUUGUUUUGGCCCCAACAGCAGCCUCCUGGCCACUGGAGGGGCUGACCGGCUCAUCCACCUCUGGAAUGUCGUGGGAGGUCGCCUGGAGGCUAACCAGACCCUCGAAGGAGCUGGUGGCAGCAUCACCAGUGUGGAUUUUGACCCCUCGGGCUCCCAGGUUUUGGCAGCUACUUACAACCAGGCUGCCCAGCUCUGGAAGGUGGGGGAGACACAGUCCAAGGAAACGUUGUCUGGACAUAAGGACAAAGUGACAGCUGCCAAAUUCAAGCUAACGAGGCAUCAGGCAGUGACUGGGAGCCGAGACCGGACUGUGAAGGAAUGGGACCUGGGCCGCGCCUACUGUUCCAGGACCAUCAAUGUGCUUUCCUACUGUAAUGACGUGGUGUGCGGGGACCACAUCAUCAUCAGUGGCCACAAUGACCAGAAGAUCCGGUUCUGGGACAGCAGGGGCCCCCACUGCAUCCAGGUCAUCCCUGUACAGGGCCGGGUUACCUCCCUGAGCCUCAGCCACGACCAGCUGCAUCUGCUUAGCUGUUCCCGAGACAAUACACUCAAGGUCAUCGACCUGCGAAUCAGCAAUAUCCGACAGGUGUUCAGGGCGGAUGGCUUCAAGUGCAGUUCUGACUGGACCAAAGCUGUGUUCAGCCCUGACAGAGGCUAUGCGCUGGCAGGCUCCUCAAAUGGAGCCCUGUACAUCUGGGAUGUGGACACUGGGAAACUGGAGAGCAGCCUACAGGGACCCCACUGUGCCGCUGUCAACGCCGUGGCCUGGUGCUUCUCUGGGAACCACGUUGUGAGUGUGGACCAAGGCAGGAAGGUGGUGCUCUGGCACUAGGGGCACGGCUUCCCUGUCUGGAUCGGAGCUGUGUUCUGAAGCCCGAAGCCAGAGAACAGCCUCUUUCUGAUCUGGACUCCAGAGCUGCGCUUUGAUUCAACUGUAGAUGUUAUGUGAGGGCUGGCAGGACCCGGCCUGUUUGUCUAAAAUCAAAGUGUGAGCUAGGGAUUACAAUUUUUUAAAAGUCGCCGGGCAGCGGUGGUGCACGCCUUUAAUCCCAGCACUCGGGAGGCAGAGCCAGGCGAAUCUCUGUGAGUUCGAGGCCAGCCUGGACUACAGAGUGAGAUCCAGGA